CUGAAUGGACGUAAUACUCGUGUGUUUUGUUAUUAGUUAAUUUGUUGAAUAAAAAAUCAAAGAAACCAUCUAAAAUUUAAAUAAAACUAAGACUAUCAGCAGCAAAGAAAACUAGAUCAAUUCCAAGAGUGCUCAAAACAAUUAUAAAAACUGAAAACCACACGCGGCUUCUAUAUUUUCUCUCUCAUAUUUGUUUAUUAUCGUCGAGAGCUUUAUAAUAAAGAGAGUGGAACUCUCUUUAAGUGAUCUCUUUAGAUAAACCGGAAUCUCUUUAUGUGUGCAUUUCUUGAUAAAGCCAAGAAACCCAAUAACAUGAUGUAGUGGAAAAAGAACUCUUGAGAAGAAAAGAACUGACUAAAGUUCCUGGUAACUGGAAUUCAUUGAACCUGAAAUUAAUAAAGAUCCGUCACAAUCUAAAAGGCAUGGGAACAAUAUCAUUGAGUGAUUUUGAGGAUGUCAAAAUUCCCGUGCCUUGGGGUCACAUCUCGGGCCGUUGGUAUGGAAAUCGGAAGGAGCGACCCAUUCUGGCGCUACACGGAUGGCUGGACAACUUGGGAACCUUCGAUCGACUGAUUCCCCUGCUCCCUGAUUAUAUAGGAAUCCUAUGCAUCGAUCUUCCGGGACAUGGAAAGUCUUCGCACCUAAAACCUGGAAUGUUUUACAACGUCUACGAUUACGUAUUAACCAUUCCAACUGUGAUGAAGGAGUACGGAUGGACAAAGGUCUCCCUGAUUGGUCACUCCUUGGGUGGUUACCUGUGCUUUCUCUAUGGAUCCCUUGCACCUCAUACCGUGGACAUGAUCAUUUCCGUGGAUAUUUUACUGCCCUUGAGGAAUAAUAUAGACUACAUGGCGCAGAGUAUCGAGAAGCAGCUUGUGGAAGUCGAGCGACAGAAGGAGGGAAAUUAUAAUGAACCGCCUUCAUACACCACCGCACAGCUGGAAAAAGUCCUGGCCAAGGGAAGUUAUAACUCUGUGUUUCCUGAGCUGGCCAAGCACUUGCUCCACCGCCAGCUAAUUAAAUCGAAGCUGUAUCCCAAAAGAUUUUACUUCUCCAGGGAUGGUCGCGUUAAGAACUAUCACUACAUGGAUAUUGAUGAAGGCCUAGGCAGGGAGAUGGCAAAGCAAUUGAAAAUGAAACCCUUUCUCAUCAUCAAGGGUUCACGGUCACCAUUUCUAACGCUUAGGAGUCAUGAGGCAAUCUUAAUUAUGUCCGAGAAUAAUCCACAUUUCGAGCUCUACGAAGUGGAGGGCGGCACACAUCAUCUGCAUCUUCAUGCUCCAGAGGAGUGUGCCCGCUAUAUAGUGCCCUUCAUCCAGCACCAUCGUCCUCCAGCUCUCACAUCCUGGUCCCUUACAGGAAAGGAAGAUCAACUGGCCGCCAAGGAAUACAAAAGCCAACAGAGGCGACUGUUUAGUUGGGGCAAAAAGAAGCGCAGCAAAUUGUGAAACACCAAAAGUACAAAGUUCAAUUGAUUUAAAAUAAUUGUCGAAAGAUUUUCAUUCAUCAUCGGUAGAUGGAAUAUAGUGUAUAGUAUUAAACAUUAAAACACUAUUGAAGAAACUUGAUAACUGACAUGAUAAUUGUUUAACCAAAAACAA